GGAUUGAAUGAUUCGAAUUAACGUAAAAACCAACUUUUUAAGUACUCCAUAACAAGGGAAAGAUUGCCCUACAAAUCCCUCCAAGGGCACCCGUUGGCCAGAGCGCAUACAUGAAUGAAGAUUAAUGCCAGGCCAGCUCUAUCAAGGAGUGGAAAAGCUUGAAAAUGAAAGACCACAGAGUUCCCAAGACUGGGAAUCAUCUACUUACAUUCAAGAAACAACCCUGGACUCUGUGACAACGUAUAAACAUUUCAGCUUCACUCACACCUGGGGUUCUUGGCUUCGUUUGCCGUGAUCAUGUACAUGUAACAAACAGAAAUGAGCACUAAAAGACUGCUAUCCAUCUCUUCUUUCCAUACAAUCCCACCCAUAAUCAGAAACUCCCUUCAGUUGCCCCAAAACUGCCCCAGCCAAUCAAAUUCACCUUUUUUACCAAAGCGCCCUUCUGUAUUAGCCACAAACGUCAUCAAGUCGUACUUCGAAAGUGGCUUGGUCAAAGAAGCUCGGUCACUGUUCGAUGAAAUGCCUGAGAGAGAUGUGGUUGCCUGGACGGCCAUGGUUUCUGGGUACACGUCUUGUAGCCACUACGGUCAUGCAUGGACUAUGUUCUGUGAGAUGGUGGAGAAUGGAAUGGGGCCAAAUUGUUUUACUUUGUCCAGCGCUCUGAAGGCUUGUAAGGGCAUGAAGGCUUUGUCAUAUGGGGCAUUGGUUCAUGGUUUGGCUAUCAAGCAUGGAGCAGAGGGGUCCAUGUACGUUGAUAAUGCACUCUUAGACAUGUAUGCUACAUGUUGUGUUAGCAUGGACGAGGCAUGCAUGGUUUUUCAGGAUAUACAUGCAAAGAAUGCCGUUUCGUGGACUACUUUGAUCACUGGGUACACUCAUAGGGGUGAUGGCUAUGGUGGGCUUCGAGUUUUCCAGCAAAUGUUGCUGGAGGAAGCAGAACUCAACCCAUUUAGCUUUUCAAUUGCAGUUAGAGCUUGUGCCUCAAUUCGCUCCCACACUUUGGGCAAGCAAGUACAUGCAGCGGUGAUUACACAUGGGUUUGAAUCCAAUCUUCCUGUCAUGAACUCAAUACUAGACAUGUAUUGCAGGUGCGGGUGUUUAUCUGAGGCAAAUCAAUACUUCCAUGAAAUGAAUGAGAAAGACUUGAUCACAUGGAAUACAUUGAUAGCUGGAUAUGAAAGAUUGGAUUCCAAUGGGUGUCUACAUAUCUUUUCACAAAUGGAGUCAGAAGAUUUUAGUCCAAAUUGCUUCACAUUUACCAGUGUUACAGCCGCCUGUGCUAAUUUAGCAGUUUUAAAUUAUGGACAACAGGUUCAUGGAGGAAUUGUUUGCAGAGGCCUUGAUGGGAACUUGGCAUUGGCUAAUGCCCUUAUUGACAUGUAUGCCAAAUGUGGAAGCAUAACUGAUUCACGCAAAGUUUUUAGCGAAAUGACUUGCAGAGAUCUGGUCUCCUGGACAACGAUGAUGAUUGGAUAUGGAGCUCAUGGAUAUGGAAAAGAGGCUGUUGAUUUGUUUGAUAAGAUGAUUCGGUCUGGUAUUAGACCUGAUAGGAUCGUGUUUAUGGCAGUUCUGAGUGCUUGUAGCCAUGCUGGGCUUGUAGACGAAGGCUUGAAGUAUUUCAAAUCAAUGAUGGAUCAUUAUAAUAUCUCUCCAAAUCAGGAGAUUUAUGGCUGUGUUGUGGAUCUGCUAGGGCGAGCGGGGAGAGUUGAGGAGGCCUAUCAACUAAUAGAGAAUAUGCCAUUUAAACCGGAUGAGUCUGUUUGGGGGGCACUUCUUGGAGCUUGUAAAGCACAUAAGCUUCCGAAUUUGGCCAAAUUGGCAGCCCAGAGGGUGUUAGAUUUGAGGCCAAAUAUGGUGGGGACUUAUGUUAUGCUGUCAAAUAUAUAUGCAGCUGAAGGUAAGUGGGUGGAGUUUGCAAAUAUGAGGAAGUUGAUGAGAGGGAUGGGGAGUAAGAAAGAGGCUGGGAGGAGUUGGAUUGCGGUAAGAGACCAGGUUUAUGGUUUUGUUGUGGGAGAUAAGAUUGGUUCUCAUAUAAAGCAGGUAUAUAGAGUUUUGGAUUUGUUGAUUUGGCAUAUUAAGGAAGCAGGAUAUGUACCUGAUUUGGAUUGCUUAACACAUGACCUAGAAGAUGGGACUUGAACAAAACCUGAAGCUGAAGGGGUUGGAAGAUAAUAUUGACAAAGAUUAAAUGGUUCUUGAACAACAUUUGGUUAUUCCAUACAACCUUAAGUUUGGCUGUAAGAGAGGAAAGAGAAGGAAUUAUUGGUGAGGAGAGGUGGUGUUUCUCUCGAGAAGUUCAAUUGUGCUGCAUCUGCAUCCAAUAGAUAGAGGGGGAAACAUAAAAGAAGUAAGAAGUGCUUGGCGACAACAAAGAAGGCACUUGGCAACAUCAAGGAAGGCAUAAUUGAAGAUUUAAGAUAUUCAUUUAUUUGAUUCUAAAGUUCUUAUCUCGUGCUGCAACCGAAUUAGAGGUGAAGAUAAUAUCAACGUACUAAGGGUUGUCUUGCAUGGCUGUAAAAUGCCCGUUUCCCCAGGAAGAUUUUUCUUGUUCAUAUAGAGUUUCAUUUACAUUUUUUAAUUUCUUCAAACCAUUUUUUAUGCAUGCAAGAUGGAAGAAGAAAUGAAAAGCAUAGCCAAGAACUUAGAAAUAUGUUGUUCUAUAAGUAUGGUGUUACAUUAGGAAAGCCAUUCAUUUCUAA